UUGUAAAUUUAUGUUUUAUAAUUCAUAAUUAUUGACCUAGAAAUUUAAUCACACAUUCAAGCAUGUUUUAUUGUGUUUAAUUAAAAGAUAACACUUUUAUUGUGCUCUGUACUAUUGUGAAUAUUAUAACAUAUUUAUCAUUUAUUAAUGAUUAAUAACAAUGGCUACAACAAAUUUGGACUCCCAAGAUCGCUAUAAGUUGUACAAGUUUACUAAAAUACUUGCACUAAAGGUCGUUCAGAUAGUUGUACAAAGCAGACAGGGCAAAAAGAUUACUCAUGACUAUACGACUCCAAAAGGUUUCGAAGAUCUAACAUCAUCACCUAAUAGUUUAACAUGGUUUAAUUUGUCAAUACCAGAUGAACCAGGAAUCAAUACAGAUACAAAAAGAGUUUUAAACGGAGAAGUCAUUGAGGCACUUGCUAAGGUUCUCUGUAUUGAAAUUAUACUUAGAACCAAUGAUGGCGAUGAAAUGGUGCUUGAAGUAUGGACUGUAAAAUUGCUACCGGGAUGUGAUAUUGGCACAAUAUCUGUGUCUACAAUAUACUAUAGAAUGGGCAUAAUGCUUAAAUCGACUCUUAGUAUUUCAAGAAUCACACCUGCAUAUAAAUUAUCACGAUCUCAAUUUAAAGAAUCAUAUAAAAUUUCACACAAAAUUUAUGGUGGACCACCUAAUUUGGAUGUGUUAGGUGAAAAACAUAAGACUAUUAAAGUAAGUGAACUGCAUACCGCAAUUGGAACAAUACUAAUUGAAGUUGUAUAUAGAACAAAAAUGACGAUGUUACCUGAGGAUAGAGCUAGAUAUACUACUGUGAACUCUUGUGGGGAUAUUAUGAUGAAAAGUGAUCACUUCCCUACUGAAAACCAGAGGAGAAAUCAUAUGGAAAAGAAGGAACUUGACCUGUCGAAACCAUUGACAGCGGGUGCUUUUGUAGAUGUACAAAAAAUUAAAGAAUUACAUGAAUCGCUGUAUCAACAGUUACCUCCUGAACCACCUAUGAACUGGCUGCUCGCAGAAAAGGACAAAAUGGAGGAGAGAAUGAAACUGUUAGCUAUAUCUGAGAACUCAAAAGAAACCAAAACUGCGGACAAUACUGAAAUAGAAGAGGUACAAGCACAUUCGAGUAAAGCUAUUGAAGUGCCAAAGCCAAGGGAGAGCAGUAAAUAUACCAGUUUGAUGGAAUUUCCAUUUGCUGAAGGCAGUCCGAUAGCAGAACUGGCUAAUUUCUACCAAGAAUGUCUGCAAGCGAGGACAGCAACUGAAGAUUGGUCCGAUAUGUUAGCUGAUACCUCGGCCUCAUCGGAUUCAGAGUCUCUUGCUAAACAAUUAAAGAUGUUUGAAGAUGCAGUGCCAGAGUUUGACAGCAUGGUAGCAUCAAUGUUCAGUAACUCUGAACAAGGGUCUGAUCAUUCUUAAGUAAGUAUACCCGUAGGGUACUUUGAAAGGCCUAUAAAUGGCCUAAAAACAACACUCAUGGAAAUAUUUAAAAUGUUGCAAUGGAUGUAUUUGCUGUGGAAUAUUUAUAUUCUUGCAGAACAGAAAUUUACAUGACGAUUUAUGUUUUUUUUCCAACACUCAUGAAUUUCGCAAUUGUUUAGUUUGCAUUUGGAAAUACUGUUGAUUAUUAAAUAUUAUUAUAUUAUAUUUAAGGAAAUAUUUAAUACUCGCGCUGUAAAGUGUGUGACUUAUUAGGAUUGAUUAAUUUUCUUUAAAUACUUUCAUGAGUGUAUUUGUAAUUUAUUUACUCACUUCCAAAUAUAUAUGUAAUAUCAUGUUAUAGUCAUAGAAUAGGGGUGUAGAUAUAACUUUAUUUUUUGUGUGCUGUUUUCAUUAUGUUUUACGUCCUUCAAAACCAAUAUACUCAUUUCAUCAUUAUUUAUUAUUAUGUACAACUGUGAUUAUAUGAUUUACACAAUUGCUGUCAGCAUUAUUAAGAAUUUCAUUAUUUAUUUCACGAAAUCAUUUCCUAGCAUAUCUUACGGUGUUUGCUAAGUGUAAAAACUAGGAAAGAUAUAAGUCAUGUUUUGUAUCAGAUAUAUAAGUGUACCCAUAAAAUGGGCAUGUUCUUGUGACAAAAAACGUUUAAACUAAUUCCCAGAAAAAAUUAUGUUUAUUUAUUUAUAUUUCUACAUAAAAGUAACUCUGAUUUCUAGUGAACUAUUGCCAUUGUUAUUGUAAAUUGAUUUCCCAUAUUUCAUAUCUACUAAUAAAAUAAAUGUAACACAAGCAAUAUAUUUAAUGCUCGGUUAAGUGACAAUACCCUGCCAUAUUUUGAGACUCGAAGAAAAACACUAUCACGAUAAUCUUAAUUAUUCGAUUUUAAUUUAGGAUCGCGAUAAGUUCAAACUAAUUGUAAUCUAAUAUUUAUAUGAUUUUAUUGAUAAUAUUUUAUGAGACAAUGUUUUUGAAAACGUACAAAUUCUUUAAUUUUUAUAUUGUGUUAAUCAUAAAAAUAACUGCAGAUUUCAUACAAAACAAAACCUUGUCUUGGCAAAUAGUACAUAGUUUUUAAACUUAACACAUUGUUGAUUAUUCAAGAGAAUAAUAUAUUUUAAGGAUUAGAGAAUAUUUAAAAAGUAUUUAUUAAAAUUCUCCAAAUAUAAAUUAAUUGUAUUAAUAGUUGAGCUUAGUAUAUCUUGUUUCUAAAAGUAUAGCUCAGUAACUUUAAAAAUAUUAAACUGAUGACAUUAGAUAAUAGAAUAAUGAUAAACAAAACAAGAUCGGUGACGCUAUAAAAAAUUUAAGGGCCUGUCCCACUACUGGCUGAUAGACUCAGAUAGCU